AUUUCCUACAUACCUGUGUUGAGUGUGUUUUUCAGCUUUUCUCUUUCAUUACAAAUUUGGACUUUUUUUUUCCCCUUCCUCUGGGGUGUAGUUUAUGAUAGCAUUAACAGUGUUUUGACUCGAGUUCCUGUGGGAGGGUGACGAGCCAUCGUUUUCUGCUUAGUGCUACUGUGUGUUUUGAAGAAGGAAAAUAUGGGGACUCAUGCACGUGCUUCUGAUGUAAAACCAUGAUACUGCUCUCUGGUUUUUCGGUAUUUGUUCAAGUCAAGAGUUGUGUGUGUGCUUAUAUUGUCACCUUGGUUGUUCUGUGUUCAACAGCACUUGAUUACUAUUGCAGAAAGUGUGGGUCAGGGGCUUUGAAGGAGAGGUUCUUUAACUUACCUUCCUAUCACCCCAGAUAUUAAAGUAUGCAGACACCAAAAGCAAGAACUGGUACUUCAGAAGUGCCCCAAAGGAAGUCUCCUGCAUCUCCUCAGAAUGCUCGCAAAUUGAAGACACCAGGCUCUGAUACCGACUCAGUCUCAUCAUCUCCAAAACCAGGAAGUAAGACACCCAAAAAUAAAAGUCCAAAGGUCACAGAACGCAAGUCACCAAGAAGUCCAAUAUCUGAGAAGAAGCAACCAAGUAGGGUCCAAGAGUCGGAGUCUCAACUUGCUCAACUUGAAGAAGAUCUAAAGAGAACUAAGGACAAACUCAACUCAUCUGAGUCAUGGAAGAGGAAAGCUCAGCAGGAGGCUGAAGAAGCAAAGAAGCAGCUUCUAGCCAUGUCAAAAGAGCUGGAGGAAUCCCAGCAACAGCUUCUGGAACUAUCUGCUUCUGAAGAGGAACGGCUUCAAGAACUCCAUAAGAUUUCUCAGGACCGAGAUCAAGCAUGGAAGUCUGAACUUGAGGCUGUCCAGAAGCAGCACUCAAUGGAUUCAACUGCUCUAAUGUCUGCCAUGAAUGAAAUCCAGAAAUUGAAAAUGCAACUUGAAAGAGUGCAUGAAUCUGAAGCUGUUCACAUUAGCAAUGCUGAAUCAGAUAAUGCCGAGAUUGAGGAUUUGAGGAUGGAGCUUGAUGAAGCACUCACUUUAGUGGAAAAGCUGAAAAAUGAGCUAAGUGAUUGCAAAGAAUCUGAAUCCCGGGAUUUGGAAGUAGUUGGCAAAACUCAAAUGCAAUUGGAAGCAGCAAACAAGACUGUUGAAACACUCCAGUUAGAAGGUGAGAAAGCAUCCGAAGCUUACAAAUCCUUAGCUUUAGAGUUAGAUCAAGCAAGAGCUCAAGUGAAAUCAUUGGAAGAACUUGUCAGCAAACUUCAGGCUGAUUUGGUUGGUGGUGCUAACAAAAAUAUGUUAGGUCUAGUCAUUGAAGCAGAACCUGAACUUGCACCGAAAAACGUGGAAAAUGAGGAGAUAAACCAGCUCAAAGCUGAGCUUGUUUCUGCGAAAUCUGAAGCAACACAGUUAAAAUCUGCACUGGAUGUUUCUGAGGUACGAUACCAAGAAGAGUAUAUUCGGAGCACAUUGCAGAUCAGAAGUGCUUUUGAACAACUGGAGCAUGCAAAAUCAGAAUCUUCUCGAAGACAAGGUGAAUUAAAUGAGGAAUUGAAGAGAGCUAGAGCUGAUAUUGAAGAGUUGAGGGAGAGGCUGAUGGACAAAGAAUCUCAGUUGCAGGGAUUAUCAGAGGAGAAUGAGAUCCUCAUGUCAAGGAUGAAGCAAAACCAGCCUAGUGAAAAAGAAUCUGAACCUGUGGUGGAGCUCAAAAAGUUAGAUGCUGAUAUGGCCAAGUUGAAGGAAAGAUUAUUGGACAGAGAGACAGAACUGCAAAAUGUGACUGAGGAAAACAAUGCACUGAAGAAGGAAAUAAAGAGGGAGGAGUUAGAGAAGAAUAAAAUCCCUGAUGAGGCUGUUGCUUCUGCUGAAGCAGCAAGGGCCACAGAGCGCGAGGCUUUGGUGAAACUUGGCUACAUAACAGAAGAAGCUGAUGAAAGUAAUCGAAGAGUAGCACAGAUAACUGAGCAGUUAGACGCUGCGCAGGCUGCCAAUUCCGAGUUAGAAGCUGAAUUAAGGAGGUUGAAAGUGCAGUCAGACCAGUGGAGAAAAGCGGCCGAAGCAGCUGCUGCUAUGAUUUCUGCUGGGAACAAUGGAAAGUUUGUGGAAAGAACAGGUUCACUUGACAGUAGCUACAACUCUAUUACUGCCAAGAUGAGUUCACCUUAUUCAGAAAACACAGAUGAUGACUCUCCCAAGAAGAAAAAUACAAACAUGUUGAAGAAGAUUGGAGUGUUGUGGAAGAAGAAUCAUUAAUAUGUAUAGAUGUUUUGCAGGUACCCUUUGGUUUGGUCAUCAUUCAAGCAAUCCUUGGGGGACAAUUUGCCUUAGGAAGAUCGUGUAACAAAUAUUUUGAAGUUAAGAAGGUCGUGUAAUAUUUUGAAGUUGCUAUUAAAUUGCUGAGGUUUAGUGGUUCCUUCCAGUUACUUGCUGCUUGCUACGGUUUUGUAAUUGUGCAGUGAGUGUUUUUACACCACGCCUUGCAUGUAUUUGUUCUUUCUACCAAUUUUCAUAUUAUGUAAGUAGUAAGAAACCCAACUCGUGGGGAAAAUUAGUUUCAAUCCUGUGCCAUGUCAAUUUUGUUGGUGGGCAACUUGCUACAAAGUAUUUAUCCAUUUAUGCCCUUUUCCCGUUGGAAUAUAUUGAGUGUGUUUGGAAUAGCUGCAAA